UUUUGUUUUUAGGGUUCUUGAGCUAGGUCAUUGGCGGCAAUGGCGUCGGCUAGCGGUGUCGACAAUACGGCUCGGCGCAAAUGGGAUCGCCAGGAAUUUCUUGAGCGCGCUCGCAAGCGCGAGGUGGAUCAGCAGGCUCGCCGAAACAGCUCGAGAGAUGAUUCACCUCCUGGUGAGAAGAAGCCUUUGAAGCACAGGGAUUUUGAAGUGGACCUUACUGCUCGUCUGGGAAAAACUCAAGUGAUUACACAAGUCGCUCCCUUGGAUCAACAGGCAGGCUACUUUUGCAGUGUUUGCAACUGCAUUGUCAAGGACUCCGCAAACUACUUGGAUCACAUAAACGGGAAGAAACAUCAAAAGGCUCUGGGAAUGUCUAUGCGUGUUGAGCGGUCCACUUUAGAACAGGUCCAAACUCGCUUCGAAACUGUCAAGAGGAAAAAAGCCGAGGGAGGACUGACGGACGAAGAGUUCGAGAUGCGAAUGCUAAAACAGCAACGGGAAGAAGAGGAGCGCAAGAGGCAACGAAAAGAAAGGAAAAAAGAGAAGAAGAGGGAGAAAGCUUUGGAGGACGCAGGAGGAGAGAUAGACGAUCCUGAGGUUGCUCAAGCAAUGGGCUUCGGUGGCUUUGGCAUGAAGAAACAUAGUUGGCAGAUCAACUAUAACACUUGAACAACAUAUUGAUUGAGAUAAUCAUGCAAAAAGGACUACUAAGCAGACUAGCAAGCUCGCUACCUCGUUGCCCAGACGCACUUGGAUAAAGAAGAAGGGACUUUCUAAGAAGUCCUUUUGUUUUUACAAAAGACAAAUUAGCAAUAGAAUUAUUGCUCACUUUCCAUUUGGUUAAA